AUGGAGGUUUUGAAUUCUGUGGAAAGUGGCUCCCGGUCUGGCCAGGGGCAGGCGGAAGCGACGGAUCCUUCUCCUACUGCUGCAAGCCGAACAGUGGAAGAAGGGGCAUCUGCAGCGGAGUGCCCCAUUUGCUACCUCUCCUUCGACAAUGUCUUCAGGGCCCCUCGCCUCCUGCCUUGCUCCCACACCUUCUGCUUGGAGUGCCUGGCCAAGCUGUGCAUCUUCCUCAAGUCAAGCCAGAGCUUCCAGUGCCCGCUCUGCAGGGGGAGCGUCCCCUUACCCUGCGGAGGAGUCCCCAGGCUUCCAGUCAACAUGGACAUCGUCCAGCAGUUCCCCCCGUGGAUGAGGGAGGUGCAGGAGGUCUGGCUGGACGGCUUCCGUCUGUGCUGGUGCAGGAAGCUGCCAGGGAAUGCCAAAGAAGAGGCCUUUGCGGUGCUUGUGACCCUGGAAUUGCUCAAGGCUGCCGCGCCCCGAGGGUCUGACCCCAGGGAGCUCGUUGUCACCCACCCCGUAUCCAGAUGCUGGGAAACGUGCUGCCUCUUGUGGGACCACUAUCCUGGACUCUUCUGUGCCACUGCCCUGAUGGUCUUGGGGCUCUUGCUGUCCACAGCCCUAAUGUUUGGAUUGCAGCGCUGA